AUGCAUGACAAAAUUGAUGAUAUCAAAGAAUAUCUUUCCAAUAAUUCAUUAAAGAAUUUCAGAAUUGAGAUACCACAAGUUGGGCAUUUACCACCUCUUGAAGCUUGUUGCUAUUUUGGAUCUGUUAACAUUUUCUUUUUCCUCAUUUCAAUCUACAAUUAUGAAAUCAAUAAAAAAUGUCUUCGAUAUUCUGUUAUUGGAGGAAACAUCAAUAUUAUUGAUGAAUGCAUGAAAAGCGAACAAAUUGAUAAAAUUUGCAUGAAAGAUAUUCUUUCAUCACACAACAAUAAACUCCUUGAAUACGUUCUGGGAAAUGAUUUGUUUGACCUAAAUGAUGAACCUUAUGACAAUGGUGGCUCCCAAAUUUUUAAUAAAGGUUAUGAGAUUUAUCAUCAAUAUAUCAUCAAAUCACAGAAUUUAAUGGCAGAAUUUCUUCUUUACCAGAUAGAUGGCAAUUCAAUUUUUCCAAGGUGUGCUGCAUUUCCUCAGUUAAUUGAUAUCAUCAAGAAGGAAUAUUGGAAACAUCCUCCUAGAGUAUUAAAAUCAAAAGAUGGCUUUGGACGGACAGUUCUUCAUUAUGCAGCAGAAUAUGCAUGUAUUGAAACAGUAAAGUUUCUUAUUUCGCAUGGUGUAGAUAUCAAUAUUGUGGAUAUGGAACAUAAGACGGCUCUUCAUUACGCAAUAGUAAAUGAUAACAAAGAAAUAGUAGAAUAUCUUAUUUCUCAAAAUGCAGAUAUAUCAGCAAAAGAUCCAAAUGGCAUGACAGUUCUACAUUACACAGCAGCAAAAAACAGAAAAGAAAUUGCAGAAUUUCUUAUUUUACACGGAUCAGAUAUAAAUGUCAAAGAUAAAUACGGAGAAACUCCACUUCAUUCAGCAAUAAGUUGGAGAAAUUUUGAAAUUGCAGAAUUCCUAAUCUCAAGUGGUGCAGAUAUUAAUGAAAAAGAUAAAGAAGGGAAAACUGCUCUUCAUAAUGCAUACGGUAAAGAAAACUGCAAAGAAAUCACUGAAUUUUUAGUUUUACAUGGUGCUGAUAUUAGGGUUGUUAAAAAUAUCAAAAAUUAG